UUUCAAUUUAUUUUUACAGCGGCACAGCUGAUUCAGAAAGUUAUUUGGUGGUGCUUUGUGCAAAGUUAUAAGUUUAUUUUUACUUAAAAUCUUCACUUAAAAUUUAGAUAAUGUCCACACGAUGGUAUCCAAUUUAUCAACGGGGAAACCCACAGUUACGAAUAUUUCUCCCGAACUUCUGGAUGAAAUUAAUUCGUCCCGCAGAGGAACAACCAAAGAACGUCGCCACAUUUUCGGUUUCCAUUCAGAUGACCAAACAUGAUGUGAAGAAUUAUUUGGAAAAAAUUUAUAAACUGCCGGUAGUAGACGUGCGUACUCGUAUUGAAUUGGGCAAAACAAAACGCGACCCAAGUUUGGGCUAUGUAACUAAGGAAGAUGAUGUUAAGAUUGCUUAUGUAACAUUGCCGAAAACUGAGGAGUUCACAUUCCCAGAUCUAUUCGAGAAAAAAGAGGAGCGGAAGAAAGCCGAGGAAAAAUCUCUAGAGGAUUCGAAACAAGGCUUCAAACGUUUCCUUGAUCGCAAUAAGAAGCGUCCCGGAACACCCGGCUGGUACUCUAUAUAGUUCAUAUGCAAUAUGUAAAUGUAAUUUGUAUAAAAAAGAUAAGUGAGAAUAUAAUCUUUUCUAAAUAGCUUGUAAAA